CGAGACUUCAGCCCCACUAUUAGCUUGGGCGCGCGGCGCGCCCAGCCUUUCCUCCCGCGCGGCGGCGGAGGUUGGCUGCAGUGUAUCUUUCGGAGUGCUAAUGGUCGGUAGGUUGCUGUCCGCAGCAGAGGCCCGUGCCACGAGCCAGCGCAGGGAAACUACACCACUACACUAAAAUUUACCAUAUUUUAUAUGGUCAGAAAUCUGUUCAAAGCAAAAGAUAAUUUGAGAGGGACUUGGAUCAAGAAUGGAUUCUCUUAACUAUACAACGGCAUGUGAUUCCGCUGUGGAAACUGAGAAUCAAAGUGACAACUCUUCCUCUGGUAGCAGCUUAUUUAAAACUCAGUGUGUUCCUGUCCCACCUAAACGGAGGCAAAGAAACACUAUUAGAAAAUUCGUUCACAUACCCAAAAGUACUCAAGCAACAGAGUCAUCUAGUGACUCAUCUAUAGAGCCAAGACCACUGACUUUAAAGGCUAUUUUUGAAAGAUUCAAAAAUAAGAAACGUAAACAUAAAAAGAAGAAAUACAAGCCAACGGGAAGAUCAGUGGGAAGACCAAAAGGAAGGAGAACCACUAAAUACUCACAAAUUACUGAGAAACAAUUUAAAGACAAAAGACCUGGUUUCCCAUUUUUAGAAUCAGAAAAUGGAAGAAAACCAUUACCUUGGAGAAAAAUUUUAACCUUUGAGCAAGCAGUGGCAAGAGGAUUUUUUAACUACCUUGAAAAACUGAAGUAUGAAUACUACCUCAAGGAAUCCUUGAAACAGAUGAAUGUUGCUGAAGAUUUAGAAAAAGAAGACCUUGAUAGUCGAAGAUACAGAUACUUGGAUGAUGAUGGAUCUCUCUCUCCUAUUGAAGAGUCAGCAGCAGAGGAGGAGAUUGCAGCAAACCUUGAACAUGAUGAAUGUGAUAUUAAGUUGGUGGAGAACAGUUAUUUCAUAGUAAGUUCUGAAUUUCCAAAGAAGAAGAAUGGAUAUUUGGAUCAAGAAGAAUAUCCUGAAGAAACUGCUUUGCUUAAAAAGAGAACAUCAAAAUCUAAACUGGAUAGAGGACAAAAUGGCCUGAAGAGAGAUAAGAUUAUAAAUACCAGACAAGGCUUUUAUCUUCGGAAUACAGUGUCUGGAUUUUGCAAAGAUAUGUCUAAUGCUUUAGGUAUUGGCAUAUCCCAAUGAUCUGUGUCAAGUUUUAGGGUGUGAUAACUUAGGUGAGUUUUAGUUAGUGACUAUAAUUUGGGGGGAGGGGUUACCAUUCCAGUUCAGAUGAUGAAUUUAAUGUUCAACUGCUGAAUGAUACAGAUAUGAACUAAAACUUAAUUCUGAUAGAGCUGAGUAUAA